AUGAAGUCCAAUAUCAUCCACAGCUUUUUUCUGUCGCUUGCAUCAGCAUCUGUCCAUGUCUCGCCAGCCAACAGCGAGUACACCAAACUGUAUGGGUACGGUGUAAACAUUGGGGGCCUUCCGCUCGUUUAUGCCGAUGGUCUUGGGUAUCUCGGCAGUGCUCCAGCAAAUGCGUCUGUUGCUACCAAUGUCACCGUUGCAAUCAACUCCGGCGUCGUACUCGUGGCGCCCACGGAGACAACAUGGGCUGACAGCAAAAGCUUGUACAUCGACACUAAGUCUGAAGCCUACGCUGCGGUGAAGAUAGUGUCAUCGGCCAGCGGAUACAUCAACAGCGGCUUUAUGUUCUACGGCAGAACUUUGUUCCAAAGUGGGACCAGUGGCAUGGAAGCCUUGUUCUACGCCACCCCACUGGAUAAUAAGAAUACGAGUUAUCUUUUGAGAUGGAAUUCGGAAAGCAUCGACGACGGCGUCAGCACUCCUGUUGCAUUGAGGACCCUGGCAUCUUUGUAA